AUGAUGCACGUGUUAAGGAGAUUUAAAAGUGUCGGGUCAAAUAAAGUAUCAAGUCUCUUCAAUCCAACAAAGAGGCGCACUCACGACUCACUACAGUUAAAAGUCGGGGAGGAGGAGCUUAGAUUCCCUCAUGUGUGGCUAAGAGACAACUGUCAAUGUGAAUUAUGUUACCAUAAAACGGCGAAGAGCCGUAUCAUCGACUAUUCCCAGUUCAAUACCAAUGCAAAGCCAAAAAGCGUCAGCAGUGACGAUAAUUACGUAAAUAUUACAUGGGACGAUGGACACACCUCCAGCUUCAGAACGCAAUGGCUGAAGCUCCAUUCGUUUGAACCAAAACACCAGACGACAUACGACGAGGAAAUUUACAAACCGAAAAAGUCAACUUGGCACGGAAGAGACUUUUUCAAACUGUGUAGUAAGCACAAUUAUAAUGCAAUAAUAUCAUCAGACACAGCAUUAUUUCAGUGGCUCCAUAAUUUAUCUGUGUACGGCAUAUCACUUAUUCAGAACACCCCAAACAAUGAAGCCGCAUUAGAAAAUAUUAUAUCCAGGAUUGGUUUCUCCAAGCAGACUCACUAUGGUGUAAAGUUCAUAGUACAAAGUGUCCCGAAUACAAGCAAUGUUGCAUAUUUAUCAAAUAAUUUACAAAUGCAUACUGACUUGCCCUAUUAUGAGUACUGUCCAGGGGUAAAUAUGUUGCAUUGUUUGGUGCAAACUCAUGGUGAAGGUGGCGAGAAUCUACUGUCAGACUGUCACUACACAGCAAAUUAUAUGAAGGAAAAUCACUAUACCAAAUACAAGCUUCUAACAGACAUAGAGGUAGAGUGGUCGGAUAUAGGUACUGAAAAUGGAAAUGAGUUCUUCAAGCUGCAUAGAUCGCCUGUCAUAUGCUUAGAUCAAAAUGAGGACAUUAGUAGAAUAAACUUUUCAAUUCCACAGAGAGGCACCCAUUUUCCAGGGAAAUUACAAGAUGUAACCCCAUGGUAUGAAGCUCAAAAACUAUUUUAUGACCUAAGUUACAAAUUUGCAGCUAAUUUUAAGACUCAGGAAGGUGAUAUACUGGUGUUUGAUAAUAUACGAUUGUUACACGGCAGAAACAAAUACAUAGACAAUACACAUAAUAUUAGGAAACUUAUAGGUGUUUACAUAGAUUGGGAUGAAAUUUACUCUAGGUGGCGGUGCUUAAAGAUAAAAUUAAAUCCCAAUAAUAGUAUUUUGUAA